CCCCCCCCCCCCCCCGUGUUUGUAUUUUGGGUUGGUUUACACUUGCACAUAUUCAAUUUUCAGUUUUUCCCUUUUACAGUCUUCUCCCCUCACCUCCAGGACCCUCCCCCUUUUUAAAAAAUAAAUCGCUGACAAGUGUGAAUCCCGUGAAGACUUUAUUUUGUGUUGUGUGUAUCCUGUACAGCAAGGUUGGUCCUUCGUAACAACGGAUGAAAUGAUUCCCUUUUUUAAAGCGCCCUCUCUCCCUCCACCCCCAGCGCCCUGUCCUUGGCAUGUUUUGUAUCAGCGAUCAUUCUGAACUGUACAUAAUUUAUGUUGCAAGAGGCAAAGGGCAAGUUUUGGAUUUUGCUUCUUCCAAGUUUGUUUUUAAACGACAAAUAAAAAAAGAACAUUUUAAAUACAAGCGGCUCGGUCCAGUCACCCUCGCCGUCGGCGGAUCCGUGAGGUCCGAGAGGACCCGGGGGAGGGCGGUUACUCAGGCCAGGCCACGCCGGAAGAGUGAACUCCCCGCCUUCCGCCCUUGGCUUGCGUCUGUCUGACGUAGGCGGAAGUGGUGUAGCGGUACCGGACAUGGGGCGGGACCUGUCCGCCCUCCACCCCUCCCGCCCGGCUCCCAGAGAGCUUCCUAAAGCGAGCGAGCCCAGUCUGCGCUUCUAGAAAUGGAGACGGUUGCUUCUUCAGAUUGCUCCCCAGCUCUGGAAAAUGAGCAUUCUCAAGUUGAUGCAUGGAAGGAAGCUUCUAACUAUCCCACCCUAUGCAGAGACCCCAGAAUCCAACAAUAGUGUGUAUACUUCCUUCAUGAAGUCUCAUCGCUGCUAUGACCUGAUUCCCACAAGCUCCAAAUUGGUUGUAUUUGAUACUUCCCUGCAGGUGAAGAAAGCUUUCUUUGCUUUGGUGACUAAUGGUGUACGGGCUGCCCCUUUGUGGGAUAGUAAGAAGCAAAGUUUUGUGGGCAUGCUGACCAUCACCGAUUUCAUCAAUAUCCUGCAUCGCUACUAUAAAUCAGCCUUGGUACAGAUCUAUGAGCUGGAAGAACACAAGAUAGAAACUUGGAGAGAGGUGUACCUACAGGACUCCUUCAAACCACUUGUCUGCAUUUCUCCUAAUGCCAGCUUGUUUGAUGCUGUCUCUUCAUUAAUUCGAAACAAGAUCCACAGGCUGCCAGUUAUUGACCCAGAAUCAGGCAACACCUUGUACAUCCUUACCCACAAGCGUAUCCUCAAGUUCCUCAAACUGUUUAUCACUGAGUUCCCCAAGCCAGAGUUCAUGUCUAAGUCUCUGGAAGAGCUACAGAUUGGCACCUAUGCUAACAUUGCUAUGGUCCGCACCACCACCCCUGUCUACGUGGCUCUGGGCAUCUUUGUACAACACCGAGUUUCAGCACUGCCAGUAGUAGAUGAGAAAGGGCGUGUGGUGGACAUCUACUCCAAGUUUGAUGUUAUCAAUCUGGCAGCAGAAAAGACCUACAACAACUUAGAUGUGUCUGUGACGAAAGCCCUCCAACAUCGAUCACAUUACUUUGAGGGUGUCCUCAAGUGUUACCUGCAUGAGACUCUGGAGACCAUCAUCAACAGGCUGGUGGAAGCAGAGGUUCACCGACUUGUAGUAGUAGAUGAGAAUGAUGUGGUCAAGGGGAUUGUAUCACUGUCUGACAUCCUGCAGGCCCUGGUGCUCACAGGAGGAGAGAAGCCCUGAGCUGGGGAACGGGUCAGGCAGCACCAGGGGACAUACCCCACUCACUGCCUGCCCACAGUUCUAGGAACCACAGAUGAAACCUUAAGAGAAUUGUAACUCUGUUCUCUGCUUGGGAGCCCCCUACCUGGGACUCCCUGGGAGCUGGGGAAGGUGUGGGGGGAGGAAGGAGAAUGGAUUUUUAGCUGUCCUUAUCCUCACACAUACAGCCUAGCCCAUCUUAGCCCCUGCCUUCUUCGACAUAUCCCCCUUACUGGGUGAAUGAUGGGCUGUGUGCCCCUCAAGCAAAUUCUGAUCUCUAAGAGAUCCCCAGACCUCACCCAGCCUUUGCCUCUACCUUUGCCCCUGACUCCACCCUGAGAUAAUAGCACAACAAACCCCUUCUAAAGGUAUUUUUAUUUAUCCUGUUAAAUGCUGUAUGGAGGAGGCUGAGUCCAUUCAGUGACAUUUCUUCCCAUAAUGGCAGUGGGGAGGAUUGUGGGGAGGAGGGCCUUUGGGUUCCUGUGCUGUGUGCAUAUGAAGGGAGGUGGGGGUUAGGAAGAGGAGGAGGGCAGAGUGAUUAGCUGAGGUUAUUGCUUUUCAUGGCAAACGUAAUUAAAAUGACAGGAACCUC